CGAUACCGACACCGACACGGACACGGCGGCCUGAGGCGCUCGGGAUCCCCGGCGGCGGAGCCGGGGGUGGAUCUCCAGCGCCCGCCCGCCGGACCGACCGGGGCAGCAGCUCGGGCGUCCCGGCUCCCGCCGCCGCCGCCGCCGCCGCGCCGGGCCGUCCCUCCACCCCGCACCCCGCACGGGGGGACGGCGGCCGGGGCCCCAGCCGAAACCAUGUGACGGCGCCCGCCGUCCACCCCGCCGCCCCGUGCCCGGCACCAUGAUGUUCCGCGACCAGGUGGGCAUCCUGGCUGGCUGGUUCCGGGGCUGGAAUGAGUGCGAGCAGACGGUGGCCCUGCUGUCGCUCCUGAAGAGGAUCAGCCGCACGCAGGCCCGCUUCUUGCAGCUCUGCCUGGAGCACUCCCUGGCCGACUGCGACGAGGUCCACCUGCUCGAGGCCGAGGCCAACAGCGCCGCGGUCGUCAGCCAGUGGCAACAGGAGCCCAAGGAGAAAGUGGUGUCCCUCUUGCUGUCCCACCUGCCCCUGCUCCAGCCGGGCAACCCGGAGGCCAAGGCGGAGUACAUGAAGCUGCUGCAGAAGGUUCUGGCCUACUCCAUCGAGAGCAACGUGUUCACCGAGGAGAGCCGCCAGCUGCUGUCCUACGCCCUCAUCCACCCGGCCACCACCCUGGAAGAUCGGAACUCCCUCGCCCUGUGGCUCAACCACCUGGAGGAGCGGCUGGCGGGCGGCUUCCCCGGCCGGGCCCGGGCCGAGCCCGCCUACCACUCGCGCCAGGGCUCGGACGAGUGGCAGGGCCCCGGGGAGCCCGGGGCGGGCGAGCCGGGGUCCGGCUGGCAGGAGAAGCCCCCCCGGGAAAACGGCUACGCGGCCUUCCACCCCGCCGGCUCCGGGCCCCCGGGUGCCGCCAACAGCGUCGGGGGCAACGCCAACCCGGGGCCCACGUGUCAGAUCCACCCCAGCCCGCUGAAACGCUCCAUGUCGCUGGUCCCCACGAGCCCGCAGAUGGCCGGGGAGUGGCUGGGCCCCGAGGAGCGGCUGGGCCCCGAGGAGCAGCUGGGCCCGCGGCCCCUGUUCGUGCUGCCCGACCACGCGCCCCUCUCGCCCCAGAGCAGCGUGGCCUCCUCGGGCAGCGAGCAGACCGACGAGCAGGGCGGCAGCCGCAACACGUUCCAGGAGGACGGCAGCGGCAUGAGAGAUGUCCCCUCCUGGCUGAAGAGCUUACGCCUGCACAAGUACGCGGCCCUCUUCUCCCAGAUGAGCUACGAGGACAUGAUGACCCUGACCGAGCAGCAUCUGGAGUCCCAGAACGUCACCAAGGGCGCCCGCCACAAGAUCGCCCUGAGCAUCCAGAAGCUGCGGGAGCGGCAGAGUGUUCUCAAGUCUCUGGAGAAGGACGUGCUGGAAGGCGGCAACCUCCGGAGCGCCCUCCAGGAACUUCAACAGAUCAUCCUCACGCCCAUCAAGGGCUACGGCACCCUCCAGGCCGCCGUGGCCGCCGCUGCCGCCGCCGCCGCCACCGCCGCCGACGGGGGCCGCGGGGAGCCGCCCGCGGGAGCCGAGCCCCCCCCGGGCCGGGCCGGGCCGGAGAAGGGCGGCGGGGGCGCCGAGGACAAGGAGCCCCAGGCCGGCGCCUACCCCCCUCAGCCGGCCGCCCCCAGCGAUGGCGAGUCCGCCACGGCCCCCGUCGCCGACGGCGACAUCCCCAGCCAGUUUACACGAGUGAUGGGCAAAGUGUGUACGCAGCUUCUGGUGUCCCGGCCGGACGAGGAGAACAUCACCAGUUACCUCCAGCUCAUCGAAAAGUGCCUGACGCAUGAGGCGUUCACGGAGACGCAGAAGAAGCGUCUGCUGUCCUGGAAGCAGCAAGUGCUCAAGCUGUUGAGAACCUUCCCCCGCAAAGCCGUCCUGGAGACGCAGGGCUACCGCCAGCAGAAAGGCUGGGCGUUCGGCUCCAACUCCCUUCCCAUAGCCGGCUCUGUGGGCAUGGGGGUGACCCGGCGGGGUCAGCGCCAGUUCCAGCUGCCCCCCCGGGCCCUGCCUCCCAGCCGCAUGGGCAUCCUCAGCCCCGCGGGCAUCGGGGGCGUCGCGUCCCGGCACGCCCUCGCCGGGCCCGGCCUCGGGGGCGGGGGCCGACAGAGCCUCUGGUUCGCCAACCCCGGGGGCAGUAACAGCAUGCCCGGCCAGAGCCGCAGCUCCGUGCAGCGCACCCACUCGCUCCCCGUCCACUCGUCGCCCCAGGCCAUCCUCAUGUUUCCGCCAGAGUACCAGGCCCCUGGCCCAGACCUGGAGAUCAAUCCCACCCUGGAGUCACUGUGCCUCAGCAUGACGGAGCACGCUCUGGGCGACGGAUCGGACAAAACCUCCACCAUCUGAGCCGCCCGCCCGCCCGACUGAGACCUGAGGCCGGUGGGGGGGUCUGUGGGAGGGAGGGA